ACAAGGACCACCGACUGCAGAAGAGGCUUGGAAAGGCAGGAGAUAAAAGCAGAAAAUCGCUGCCAUUCAACUCGCGACACCAAAAGUAACCAGCCCAGGCUCCAGAGCAAUGUUGGACUCAGAAACCAUCGAGAUGGCCACACUUGGACGCCCCUUCCAGCUGGGGAUUCUGUAUGACUGUCGCCGGGACGCACUGAUUCCAGGAAUCACGUUAUGGGACGCCGAGAUGCUACAGAAAGACAUUGAUGUGCGUCCUCAGCUGAACACAGAUUUCCAGAUCAUUGCGUCCGACUCCACGGAGGACAAGGCGUCCGCUCUGAAUGUGGAUGCCUCCCUGGAGGCGAGUUUCCUCUGUGGGCUGGUCUCAGUGAAGGGCUCGGCGAGUUACCUGAACGACAAGAAGACCUCGAAGAACCAGUCCCGGGUCACCCUGCAGUACCGCACCACCACGCGGUUCGAGCAGCUCACCAUGGACCACUUAGGAGCCGGAAACGUGCAGCACAGCAACGUCUUCCAGGAGGGAUCAGCCACUCACGUCGUCACGGCGGUGCUGUACGGCGCCCAGGCCUUCUUCGUCUUCGACCGGGAGAUUUCGGCAGAGGAGAAGCAGCAGGACAUCCAGGGCAGUCUGCACGCGGCGAUAAAGAAGAUACCGUGUGUAUCGAUCGAAGGCCAAGCGUCCCUCAAAAUGAAGGAUGAGGAACGCGAGCAGACCGACAAGUUCAGCUGCAAAUUCUAUGGGGAUUUUGCUCUUGAACAGAAUCCGGUAACGUUCCAAGACGCCAUCAAGGUCUAUUCAACUCUCCCACACCUGCUCGGAAAAGACGGAGAGCACGCCAUGCCCAUGAAAGUCUGGCUUUACCCACUGACAAAACUGGACUCCCAGGCUGCCAAAAUCGUCAGGCAAAUCAGUAUCGGGUUAGUUCGCCGAUCGCAGCGUAUUUUAGAUGAAAUGGAUGAUUAUAUCGUACAGUGCCAAGAUCUGAUGAAAGAUGCGAUUGCGAUCCAGUUUCCAGAGAUUAAACAGAAACUCCUGCGGUUUAAAGACCUGUGCGUGGAGUACAAGCUGGUCUUUCAGAAAUCUCUGGCCAGGCUGCUGCCAGCGAUCCGCGGAGGCGGGGAGGAAGAGGGUCGACUCAUCGACCUUCUGAGCAGUAGAGAGCGCUCCCCCUUCCGAAAUGCCCUGCUCGUGCAGUUCCUAGAAGACAAGGAGCGGGAGCUGAAUGUGCUGAGAUAUUACCUUCAGAAGAUGAGCGACGUCACUGUGGCCCCCUCCAGCAGUGACCUGGACCAAGUCGUGCUCAAUUCGGCAAAUGAGUACGUGGUGUGCUUUGCGUUUACAUCACUGAAGCACAGGGAGCAAUACCUAACCAUCUUGGAAAGCUAUCUGACCUCCUUCGAACGAGGGACCGGUGAAGAGGUAGCUCCUGAUCUCGAUCCAGAGGGAAGACCAGGAAAAUGGUUCAGAUCAGUGGAGGUCACAGCCCUGACACGGGAGAACAUCAGACUAUUUCUAGACUUCGAGAGAGAGAACAAAGGCAGACGGAACGUGAAGUUCUGUGUGGCUUCAAUCGAUGACGAGGUCAACAUCGGAUCUUCUGUUUACCUCUUUGAAAGGGGGGCUCUGGCCAGCAAGCACUUCGAGCUGCCAUCCCAGCCAGGGGUACCGGCAGUGCUGACAACUCUGCACGACUCCGUCCAGCUGGAGUUCCACCCGCCGAAGUACGGUGCCAGAGAGAUCGUGAGGUAUCGGGUUCUGUACCAGAAACCAGGCGACUCAGCUUGGAUGGAAGUGGACACCGAUGACAACAAGCUAGAGUUCACCGUGUCGGGGCUGGACCUAAACGCUUCAUAUCUAUUCGGCUGCCAGGCGGUUUGCAAACCCGGAGUCAGCUGUACCAGCAACGCAUCUCCUGUCUGCAAGACGUUUCCUUCAGCCCCCCCUGGAGCUCCUCAGCAGAAAUCAACAGGACCAAACUCCAUGAUCAUCACCUGGGACAUGCCCACCUCUGUGGGACAGGGAGUCAGUGUUACUUCCUACGAAGUUGAAUACAGAGAGGUCUUCAAGGGGGCAACGGACGAUCAAGACAGCAAAACAUGGACGAAGCUCAAAGCCAGAGGGAGGGUGUGCACUCUGGAGAACCUGACGGCAGGAACUUCCUACAUCGUCCGGGUUUAUUCCAACUGUGGCAAAGAAGGCAAGAGUCCACCAAGCCCCGAGACUCAAAUAACAAUCCCGAAGGACAGCACAGUCAAAGCAAGGUCAGAGGAAGUAAGUCAUGUUAAAGUACAGAGCGACCACUUCCUAAACUUCUCCACUUUAAUAGAGCACGGGCAGCCUUCCUCAUACAGGCUGUCACUGGAACAGGAGCCCACCGACGAGCAACAUUUCCAGCGCUUUACGUUUGGCAGGAAAGUGGAAGAAGGGAACAAUAAGGUCAUCAUCCUUCUGGGAGCCACGGGGGCAGGGAAGACCACCCUCAUCAACGCGAUGAUCAAUUACAUACUGGGCGUGCAGUGGGAGGAUCGGUUUCGAUUCAGGCUGAUCCACGAAGAGACCAACCGCUCGCAGGCGGAAAGUCAGACUUCCAUCGUGACGUCCUACGAGCUCCAUAACCAGAGGGGAUUCCUUAUCCCCUACUCCCUCACGGUCAUUGACACCCCGGGGUUCGGAGACACGCGGGGAUUCUCUCAGGACAAGCUGAUCACGGAGCAGGUGAAGCGCUUCUUUACCGGCCCUGGAGGCGUGGACCACAUUGACGCCGUGUGCUUCGUGGUCCAGGCGUCUCUGGCGCGGCUGACCUCCAUCCAGCAGUACGUCUUCGACUCCAUCCUCUCCAUCUUCGGAAAGGACAUCGCGGAGAACAUCCUCAUCCUUGUCACGUUUGCGGAUGGGAAGGACAUCCCUGUCCUGGGCGCCAUCGAAGCCGCGGGCCUGCCCUGCCGCAAGAACCAGAAGGGCAAAGCGACGUACUUCGGAUUCAAUAAUUCUGCCCUUUACACGCAAAACGAGAGGCCCAGAACUGAUUCCAAUGGGGAGGGCUCCGGCAGCGAUGACGAGGGAGAGGGAGAGAACAAGCUAGAGAAAAUCAUCUGGAUGAACAACGUGAAGCAGCUGAAGAAGUUUUUCCAAAUGUUGGAGAAGGUGGAGGGGAAGGACUUGACACUGACAAAGAAAGUCCUGGAGGAGCGCGAGAGGCUGGAGAUGGCGAUGAAGAGGCUGCUGCCUCAGAUCUCAGCUGGGCUGGUGAAGCUGAGUGAAAUGAAGAAGAUUAAGGCAUGUCUGAAAUCCGAGUAUGACAACAUGGAGCAGAACAAGAACUUCGAGACGGAGAUAGAGGAGCUGGUCCCAAAAAGGAAGAAGGUGGACCAAGCUUCAAUGAACUGCAUCACCUGUCGGUUUUCGUGCCACGCAGGAUGUUUCCUUCCCCCUGUAGACAAGAUCAAAAACUGUGCCGUCAUGGAUGACACGGGGCACUGUGUGAUCUGCCCAGGUCGCUGUCACCACUCCGACCACGUAUCCGAGAUGACGAUGUGGGAAUAUGAAGUUGUGAAAGUUAAGAAGACGAUCAAAGAACUAAAGGACAACUUUGUUAAGGCUUCUGGCAAAUUGAUGUCGACAAAGGACAUGCUUGAGAAAAUUGAAGUUGACUUUGAGAUUAUCAAAGACCGGAUUAUGGAGCUGAUCAGGCUGUCCUCCAACUGUCUGACACGGCUGGAGGAAAUCGCCCUGAAGCCCAACGCUCUGUCCACAGCCGCCUACAUUGAGCUGCUCAUCCGCAACGAGGAAGAGGAGGCCCGCCCGGGCUUUGAGGAUCGCAUCGCCGAGCUGCGCAAGAUGAAACAGGAAGCCGAAAUCCUCGCCAAGAUUGCCCACAACGAGAAACUGCUGCCGGAGGAGUGCAGGAUCAUGAGGGAGAAAAACCAGAAGCUGAGCAAAAUCGCUAAAGACAUCAAACUGGCGAGCUCUGCAAUGAGAGCCUGGAUUGCAGGAAACUGAACAAAUUUAAAACUGCAUGAGAAUUGCUGCGGGAAACUCAAUAUGUUAAAUCUUGAGUAAGUCAAAAUACAGAAUAAUGUUUGGGUUUCGUAAAAUAAAUGUUCCUAAUAGUUCAACUGAAAUAAAAUUAUAACUUAGUUCUACUUAAUCACUUAGUUUUAAAAUCUACAAAAAUCAUUUUAAAUUUUCUAAAUUCAAAGCUUUACUUUCACUGGACUUCUAUGCAAACUGAUGUUGGCCUUUUUCUCAUGCUAUUGGGAUAAAGUUGCCUUUCAAGUCAAUUGGCAUCCUGCUACGACUUAAAUGAUUAAUUAACGUUCACAGGGGAAAGUGUGGUUAUAGAUUAUAAAAGGCCGCAGGACACUUUUGGGUUUGCAGACACAACGGUCAGAUUGUUUCAAGAUGAGAGAAGGCGUCACUGCCUUUCCUGACCACAUCUUCUUAACAGAAGACCUAAACACAGAUUAAACACUUCUUCUGAACAGCCGCUUCAAGAAUAGUUAUCAACAUGUCAGUAUUGUAAUUGUCAACAAGUGUCUGUACUUGGUAGAUCUAUACACCGGUGAAAAAUUAAAAAUACCUUUCCUUUGAGUGACCUGUUAUGCUCAAUUUUUGGGCGACUUUGGAAAUCAUCCAUCUAAAAUGAACGUUGUUGACUUCUGAUGAUUCUUGUGCACUUUCUCUCACCUGUAUAUAAAAGUACAUGGGUCACUUACAGGCGUGAGGUACUGCUGACGAGAGACGCUCUGGUCCUCAGGUACGGGGGUAUGAAAGAGCGAGUGGCUGGAAUUUGGGCCUGCACUUCCUCUCUCUCUCCCGUGUGCGCUCACAGGGUCGGUCUCUCUGAACGUGCUGAAGACGAGAGGAAUUUAACACCCCUGACUGGACUAUGAGCGGAAUAGCAAGCAAUCAAAACAUUUAAGGAAAUCGACUGACAUUGUCAAGAGCGUUCAUGAAGUUUAAAACCGAAGUUCGGGAGGAAGGUUAGAACUGCCGCUCGCCUGCGCUCGUCAGUCUCACACUCAGGACUUCUCGCUGCGAAUCUCACACUCCUUCACUGGGCCAGCUCAAUCCUCUCUAUCGCAUUCUUUACAGUCCAACUGCAUCACGGAGAGGAGAGCAAGGAGAUUAGUGCUCCGAAUCUAGAAACGCCUGAGGGGUAACAGAGAGGAAUCCACUGUCACACACAGCAGUGAAACGAGCACAUGCAGUCACAUGGGGACACUACAAGGGAACUCACAGCAGAUGAUCGCUUGACAGUAUGACAUUCUAAACACGGGGUCUAACUCAGAGAAUUUCACAAGGCGCUCAAAACCAAUCACUCCUAUCUUGAGAUCAAAUGUUAAUUGUGGUUUCAGAGCAGGAACAGGAUACCUCCUUCCCAGCAGUGUGACUGUUCCCUUCCAGAACCCACAUGUACCAAAUGCACAGACCACAUUCAUUCCCUAGCAAAAGUCCUGAACUGGAAGAUAAGAAACCAGCUGAAAAUAAAAUCCCCAAGUGAUCCAGGAUACGUGAUGCUGACUCCCAGCUUCCCCGUCAGUAACACCCCAGAAUGACGAGGAACACCAGGGCAGGAGUGAGAUUUCACUUUACCAGACUGCCUGAGGUUAGUGCCCACUCCUCUAAAGAAGAAAAAGACCAAGGAAACCAAGGAAAUCAGGACACACACACACACACACCACAAUAUUACCACAUUAUUACCUGGGUUAAUCAGUAAAUUACUGUUGAUCACUAAUUAAUAAA